AUGCUGCGGGCAUGGCCUUUGAUGUUCAGCUGCCCCGGCUCAUGCAUCCCACCACGGCCUCUCUGGACUCAUUCGGUCUCCCUGCUGGUGUGGAUUCCGACACUUCUGAUGCCAGUUGUGCGAGGCGAAUCAAAAGAGCCUGCUGAGACCGAGGACCCUGAGUUCUUCACCCCCGAAAAGUUUCCUUGCGGCGAGCGGGAUGUAGAGAUAUGGGAGGGCAUCAGGGAAGUGAUGCGGGAGAUGAUCUCCCGAUAUUCUGGCCGCUUGAGCUUCGUGAACAUGGAGGCUGAUGUGCCCUUUAUAAAUUCUGUGCAAAGCCAAGUAAGGGAGCUGUUGCUCCCGGGGCAAGUAUUCGAUCCGGAGAUACGGCUCCCUUGGAGGGAGGGGCUUGAGUGGACCACCUGUCACUCGGGAGUUCUUGCAGUGAGACUGCUCUUUGUGGCAACGAAGCAACUGGGCCGGCCCGGGGAUGUUCCUGACUUGGCCACAACCCUGGUAGCCUCUGCUCUAAUGGCGCCAUGGAUCAGUAUCCUUCAGAGUGGCUGGCCAAUCUUCAACCUCCUGGCGAUGCUGUCCAGAUGGGCUUCCCCGUUUCUGGAUGGGCCAGGAGCACUUCUGACAUCUCAUGGCAGAUCAGCCCGGCAAAAGGCGAUUACUCUGCAGUCUCGCUGCGAUGCCGGAGAAGCGGGCGCAACGAGACAGGCUCGGGAACUCAUUGGAGGGCUUUGGAGACAUCUUGAUCCAGAUGCUUGGAGGGGAAAUGAGAGCGUGCAAGCAAAGCCCAUGGAAGAAGCAUUGGCUCGAUUGUCCAACUUGCCUACCUAUCACAGCCCGUCUGCAGUUCGUGGCCAGAGUUGCUACUGGACGCACCAUCCAACCAAGGUGGCACACGAGGCUUCGGAUGCAUUAAAGCAGUUCGCAGAAUCAGCGGCUUAUUCACAGGUUUUGGCCUCUUGUGCCGAGUCACCCGAUUGUGUCGGAGCCAGAAUGGACACGGAUCCCACGCUCCUUUCGGAGCUGCCGAUUUCCGAGCUGUCAUCCGGCCCGUCCUUCCUGCUCUGGUGCUCCCCGAUGCUGAAGAGCUCCAGCUCAGAAGAUGGGAUUGUCUUGCAAUGCCCGCUCUCAAGAGCAGUAGGCUUGCUGACCACGGCUUACAGGCGCUUCAGCGAGAGUCGCGAGAGCUUCACGCCAGAGCUUGUGAUAGAAGCGCAGGCUGAGGUGCUGACCGUUGCCAAGCAGAUCGGCGACGUGGUCAUGGGCAUGGAGGCCUGGCUCUCUCAAUGGCCACUACUCCAGGUGCUGGCAAAGAUUCAGCAACGCAUGGAUCUACUGGGCGAUCCCAUAGCAGGUUCACCAGCCUCGACUGCAUUGCCGUCUUUGCAGAGGGCCAUGGGUUUUGACGAUGAGGCUUGGCGCCUGGUGCUGACCGAACUACACUCCGCAGCUCACAUGGCUGUGGUACCACAAGCUCUGCGUGAGAGGGUGCUGUGCACCUCAGGGCGCAGCUGUGCUGCGGAGUUCUUUGCGAGGCUUCAGUUGCUGCUGUAUGCCAAGAAGGAUCUGCCCCUUCGCGACCAGAUCUUCCUUGACAAGCAGGAUCAUCUCUUGUCACUGCAGAUGUUGCAGAGCCGUGCUGCUGAGGGUCCACCGAGGGAGUAUGAUUGGAUGAAGAUUGUCGUCGAGGAUCUUGACCGACAUGCUGAAGGUACAGAGAGGAGCCGUGAAGAUGAACUCCGCUCCAUGAUGCCAAUGGACCAUCCCUUGCAGGUUGACCGCAUGCAGCUUGCCCACUUCAUCUUGGAGGUGAGAGACGAGAUCGUGUCUGGGGGCCGCAUGGAGCGUUGCCUGGAGUGGGAUCAGCCCUUCCUGCUGGCCAGCGCGUUCGCGGGUGCCUGCCAGUGGAUGGAUGUCUACUCCUACUCCGAGCCGACGCCCUCGAACCCCAACAUGGGCCUGCCUGGGCGUCAUCGCUUUCCAGGUGGUACUCUACACUACUGGGGUGAUAUGGAGUCGGAGGACAGAUUCGGUGUGGAUCCUGAGUCCCAUGACCUCAUUCUGUGCCCGUUCAUCUUCGAGCACGUCUCGCAGCCCUGGUUGGCCAUCCGGACGUUGGCCAAGACUCUGCGACCGGGUGGCUUCAUUGUGUGGGCUGCUCCGAUGUACCAGCGGUACCAUGGGUCCCCACACGACUACUACCGAUACACACCCAAAGGCGUGGCAGCACUCGCCAAGCAUGCGGGUCUCGAGGUCCAGCGUCUAUUUUCACCAGGUGACCUUUCCUUGGUGAAUGGAGUCUUGAUGGGCAUGCUCCUGCCUUACUGGAGACCGGAGCAGAUUCUGCGCGAGGAGGAGCACCAUGAGAAAGAAGAUGCCCCCAGGUAUCCUCUCAAUGUGUUUGCUCUGCUGAGAAAGCCUGGAUCGCGACCACCGCUGCAGAACUUGCUGCGGACCAGCCAAGCUUUUCGGCCACAACUGCAGGAAGUGGCAGCCAAGUGGCCGGACUUCUUGACCGGAAUUCUGCCAAGGAUGUCCACGGUGUUCCAGCUGACAGUUGUGAGGCACAGGGCAUCUGGCAGGAUACUUGUGCUCGCCAACACGCAUCUCUUCUACCACCCCAAUGCCAGGCACAUACGCCUUCUGCAGAUCAUGUGCUUGCUGCAUGAAGUACAGGAGUUGCGCAAACAGCACAAAGAUGCAAAAGGCCAACUUCCCCACAUAAUCUUCGCUGGUGACCUAAACUGCUUGCCAGAGACUGGAGCAGUGCAGCUGCUGCUCACUGGUCAGGUUCCCAGCGACCACGAGGAUUGGGAAACCUCUUCCCAAUUCGCCUGGCGAGAUGAAGAGGCAUCAGCUGACACGGGAGAGGCUGAAGAGAUCCCGAAAUCGUCGGUGCCCUCCAUGGAGGCCGAUGACACCGAUGUCGUCGAACCUCUGCCCAGGGAAGCUUGGCAGAAGGGCUCUGGGAUUGCUCUACAAAAUCCACUGGGAGCGCUGGUGGAUGUGUAUGCAAAUACUCCGCAGAAGUUUACCAACUAUGUUCACGACUUCAGCGGCAUUCUGGACUUCACAUUCUAA